GCGGGGAAGGGAGCAGGGGGCGCGCCGGCCGGGGGACUGCUGAACGAAUUGAAAAUGUCUGAAGACGUAGGUGAUGGCGUCCCCCCUGAAGAAGAGCCUGGAGUAAUGGAAAAGCCCAGCAGUGAGGUGUCACCUCGUGAGUCAGUACCAGACCUUGUGGAAGCUGAGGUCUUACAUGAGUCUGCACAAGAUGGAAGUGGACAGGCUGCUCCAAGUGCUGGGAACGGACAGGAAGGAGGAGACAUAUUUAUUCACGAAAACCCUUUGGCUGGAAAAAUAGUUGAAAGUCUGCCUUCCAGUGGAGAGGUGACUGAAGAUGUGAUCACUGAGUGCAGUGAGACUGUGAGCCUUGAUGCGGAACCUGAAUCUGAAGAAACACUGAAUGAACAAAGCAGCACAGCUGCAGACUCCUCAGCUAAAGCAAGUAGAUGGGGAGCUUGGGGUACCUGGGGAAAGUCUCUCCUGUCGUCAGCUUCUGCCACAGUGGGUCAUGGGAUAACAGCAGUAAAGGAAAAAGCAGGAACUACCCUGGGAAUUCAUAACACAAGUUCAGUGUCUUCAGAAACAGCAGACUCUCCUGCAGCUGAAACACCAAUUAUACAAGCAGAAGAUUCCCUGGACCAAAGCUCUUCUGAGAAUAUUCCUUCUCCUUCAUCUGGAUCUCGUGGCAUGUUGUCAGCUAUCACUAAUGCUGUACAGAACACAGGGAAAAGUGUAUUAUCCGGCGGCUUAGAUGCUUUGGAAUUUAUUGGGAAGAAAACCAUGAAUGUCCUUGCAGAAAGCGAUCCUGGAUUUAAGAGAACCAAAACACUGAUGGAACGAACAGUUUCUCUCUCUCAGCUGUUGAGAGAAGCUAAAGAAAAAGAAAAACAGAGGAGGGCCCAGCAAGUUACAGUUGAAAGAACAGCACAUUAUGGACUACUUUUUGAUGAGUUCCAAGGUUUGUCUCAUCUGGAAGCUCUGGAAAUCCUGUCAAAUGAAAGUGAAGCCCAGAUUCAGUCAUAUUUAGCAACACUUGAUGGAGAGCAGCUGGAGACUGUGAAAAAUGAUUUAAUUGCUAUAAAGGAGAUUUUUGUUCCAAAGGAAUCAGAUGAUGAAGUGGUACCCGCACAGAAAGCAGAUAUGGGAGAGGAGUUUGUCAGUGUGCUCACGGAACUGCUCUUCGAAUUGCACGUUGCUGCUACUCCUGACAAACUUAAUAAGGCUAGGAAAAAAGCUCAUGAAUGGCUUGAAGAAGCCAGUUUCUCCACCUCAGUAGACAUAGAAGAGAAGCUAAAAGAAAAAUCUGAAGAACCUGGUGAAGACAAGACUGAAAAAGAAGAUAAAAUUGAUGCUGAUAAACCAGAAGUAAAUAAAAACAAAACUGUGGAGGAAAUCUACAUGCUGUCCAUUGAAAGUCUGGCUGAGGUAACUGCUCGUUGUAUUGAACAGCUUCAUAAAGUAGCAGAAUUAAUUCUACAUGGGCAGGAAGUAGAAAAAACAGCUCAAGAUCAAGCAAAAGUACUGACAAAUUUAACGAGUGCCAUGUGCAAUGAAGUUGCAUGUUUAUCAAAGAAGUUUUCCGACUCUUUAACAGCAGCUGGGAGCAAUAUGAAGGCAGAGGCUCUUAACCCCAUCAUCGACAGCGUGCAAUUAGAGGGCUGCAACAGCACUACUUAUAUCCGGGAUGCUUUCCAGCUCUUGCUUCCAGUUCUGCAGAUUUCCCAUAUCCAGACCAGCUGUUUAAAGGUGCAGGAGUGACCUUGGCCCAGCAGUUGUCCCCACGGGGCUUAGCAGAAACCACAGACCUCCUGUCGUCUGCAGAGAGAAGAGAUGGUUCGAGGGACAUCUGGCCACUUGGAGUCCUCUGAAGACACUAAACGCAGUUUUGCACAUAUUGAACAACAUUUUGAAACUUUUUAGACUUUAGAAGUAGUUAGUAAAGUGAGGAAUUUCUUUUCCGUUAGACGAUAUCCUUUGCAUUAAUUUAAACUGAAGUUUGUUGAUACUGGCGUUCACUUAAAUCCAGAUUCUAAGUGUCGACCCGUUCAGUCGAAGAUGAUUUAGGAAGCAAAUUAGAAUGUAAAGUUUUUCAAAAGGUUUCAGCCCAAAUGACUGUUUCCCUUGUCUCCAUUCUGUCAGUUAAAAAUGCGUAUUUCAAAAGUUGUUUUCAGUAUUUAGUUUUAGCCAACGUGAACAAAUUAUCAUAGUCUUCCACUUGUUAAAUACUUUUUACAGGAGCACAUAAUAACAUCAUCAUAAUCUGUACUGCUUGCAUAACACUUUGUGUUGAAAGAGUUGUACAGUAAUAGGCAUUACCUUUACUAAAUUAAAAUCAUGGAGUAUACACAUCCAGAAUGAUACUGAAAAGACAUUUUCUGAGCCAGGUAAGAGUACAGGUAAAGACCCAUAAUUUUAUAUUCAUUGAUGUCUAUUUCUUCCUUCCAACAGCUGAACAACAUUGCAGACCAAAGUAAUCUUUUUAAUACUCAAUGAAUAGAAAAGUUCCCAUUUGAAACACCUCCAAAAUAAUCUCCUCUCCCUUGUGUUACCCCUGUGGGCUUUAAUAUGGACUUUAAACAUCAUGAACCUUUUUAUCAGCUGGAGAUAGUGAUACUGACAGUUCAGAAAUACAGUUUUGGAGGCUUCAAGGAAGUUGUGGAAAGAAGGUAGGAGAGAAUUGCUGUAAGAGAAUGUCAGAGAAAUCACAUUUUCUCUGAGGCAGUAGAGAGACAGAGCAUAACUGAGCAGCAGGAGUGACAUUUCGUAGUGACACUAACAACCAUGAUAAUUUAUUUGUAUCCUUAGUUUAAAAUCCUGAGCUGUGUUUAGGAAUUUGAAAUAUCCUGAAUUUGCUAAGGCUGGUUCACCUCGUAGACAGGAAGAACCUUCCAGUAUUUCUGUUCUCCUGGAUUUUCAUUGUUUAUUACAUUUCCUUCAGCUACUUUGUACCUUGUUUUUUCCCUCCCAAUACACUCAUUAAUUGUAUUUAAAUGCUUGUUCAUUGUAGUUAACACCUGAAUAUGUUUAAUCAUAGAAGCAUAGUUCAUACAUCAUAAAAAUAAUGAGAUGGAGCAGGAGGAAAUACUGUCAUUUUUGUUAGAAAAGAGAAACCAUGUAUUUGUUUUGCCCAUGGUAACUUUUUUGGGUCCAGACAAGAGGGGACAGAAAGGUCUGUGUGUGUCCUAUCCUGUUGUGGUCCCUGUUCUGCUGUCACACAUACUGUGAUUUUUUUGUUAUUUAGAGAUGGAAUUUUCACUGUCCCUGAAAAAAGGCAACUGGUGAGCAGAGUCACUAGCCCAAAGGGAGGGUACAGCUCCCACCCACCCUUACAGCCACGACACUUCCAUCUGGCAUUGCUUCAUUUCAGAAAGCAUCUUUUCAGAAGCU